AUGGCCGGCAUUCAUGAUCCUCGAUUGCUGUAUAGCAUCACAAACAUACGCGCCUUUCAUAUCCAAGAUGGGGAGGAGCAGGAGUUGACCCCAUCUGGGCCGCAAACGCUCUCACUCAUCAUGGUCCCCACUACUCCUUCACCAUCUAUGCCACCAUACGCAACCGGUGCGGGCACCGAAACUCCUGAGGAGGACUUCUAUCUCCACCUCUGCCUUCCCCCAGAAUUGGAUCUUGCCUUACCUGCGACCACUCAGAUCUACCACCAAUUACCCGAUAGCUAUUUGAUUCCCCGCUGGGACCUGGCCCCGGGCGCCUUUAUUCGGAUUCAGUUCCCAGGGAUUGGGUCCGGUCCGGACAAAGUGACUCAGGACGACAUCGAUACCUUCGAAACCAUCCUCGCCCAGUGCACCGCGUUUCUGGAACGAGCGCCUGCUCCUUCCCAGAAGUCAAGUGGGAAGACUCAUGGCCUUACCGCGUACAAUCCGGCUGACUACGCGCCUGGUGAGGGAUAUAUCUCCUCUGACGGUCCCCAGGAUACACAUGGCAAGAUCGUGCUUGUGGAUGAGGAAGAUGGUAGCGUGGUCGGAGAAUUGGGCGACGCGUACGAUGUGGUUGAAGACCCAGAUGUUAAGCCAGGGUCCAAGAGACCGGUCAAUAUCGAGCUCCCCAGUGAAGGUGAAGGCAAUCGGGUCAGUAUUAGCAAUGUCUCCGAAGAAUACUUGGCCAUGUCUCGACACCCCGCAUACAAAAACUCGACCAUCGUGCAGACAUCGGCUACAGCAUCUCGUCUGAUUGUCGCGACUACUACGUCUCUCGCCAAUGCGAUCACCAGCGGUGCUGAAAGCUUUACGAAGAAGACCAAGCCGAAUCAAAAGCCCUUAACCUUCUCCGAUGCCACGCAUGCGCGCAUUCGUAAGGUUGGCAGCUUGUCCACUGGCGCCGCCGACCUUUCCGCUCGCACAUUAGGCCAAGUCGAGCGGGUAGCCCAAAAUGUCGGCGCAUCACUAUCACGCAAAGACAACAAGCCCAGAAGCUUUGACAAGACCCGGCCCCCACCGGACUACAAGCCCGGUGUGCUCAACAAGUCCUUGAUUGCCUUCAACACGCUGGCCGACGGGAUCCAGGAGGGCGCACGAAACAUCCUCCUCACCGGCUCCUCCGCGACUGGUACAAUGAUUGGUCACAAGUAUGGCGCGGAGGCCGGCGACGUGGCAAAUAAUCUGACCGGUGGAGUGAAGAAUGUGGGCCUGGUGUAUAUCGAUGCCACCGGAGUGAGUCGACGGGCUCUCCUGAAAUCCGUUGCCAAAGGUAUGGUCGUAGGACGAAUGCGCGACGGAAAGCAGGUGGUGGUGGGUGGUGGUGAUGGUGGCGAGCUUCCUCGCGAUGCUCAUGCUGCCGAGGCUGGGCCAUCAACUAACCCCACCCCGCCGCCAGCGUAUGGCGCGUCGGGGACUACGUCGCUCGGCGGCACGCCCAUGAGCAUGUCCGGGGGUAAGCGGUAA